AUGGCUUGGAACUCACCCAAUACGGUUAUUCCCAAUCUCCCUUACGGUGUCUCACCGGCACAUGUUCCAAUUCCGUUGACCCCAGUAAAUCCUGGACAAGGACUCCCUGGACAAGCAAUGGGCGGUGGCUACUAUAUUCAACAACAACAGCCGGUGCAACAGGGCUACGCUGGAAACCCAUCAUAUCUUACAUACGGUCUUCCCCCACCUCAAUAUCUUCAGGUGCAGCCGCAAAUGCCAGGCUACGUACAGAAUGUACAGAAUCCUCCCGGAAUGUAUCUACCAUACCAGCGUUCAAAAGCCCGAGAGGACAACCCGCCCCUCGAUCCUUUCCUUGAUGGGGACAAUUACGGGCCAGUACUCGACGUGAUGACUGCAACUAUCCUAGGGAUUAAGCUCAAGUUGAAUCCAAUUCUUCAGCACAUGAUUGAGCGGAACGAAGACGACCCAAGGCUAGUCUGGGAUGUCCUCGAGUCUCCAAAGGAAGCCCAUCUUGUGGAAGGCACCAAGUCCAAGCCUUGGGCUUCUAGGGAUUCAACCGCAUCUCUGCCACGGAUGAAUCGCCUGUAUCUCGUUCUCAACCACACGCCAGGGGUCAUUGAGAUUGAAGGCACCGGCAAGGGUGGUGCAGUGACGUGCGCAGACGUCGUAAACGGGAUCCAGCAGUUUGUCAAGCAAAAGGUGCCCCGCGCCACGUACGAAGGUCUCAAGCCCGUCAAGCGAGCCAAGAUUGAUGCGGUCUAUCACGCCAACCGGAGCAGUAAAUACGGAGCAACUGGACGCGAUGUGGGCACAGGGAUCAGGAAAGGAGACCUGCUGGAAGAGUGGACAGUGUUCGAUGGCCUCGAGGAUGAUCCUACUGAAAUCCGUAAUCUCCUCGGCAUUGGGAAGCCACCCAAGAAUGCAGAAACGGACACUCCCGCUGCAAGGGCCCGGCAGCGCCCUUGGGUAGGGCAUUUGAUUCUCCGUCUCGACCAUCGAGAGGGAGAAGACAUCCCGUUCGAAGCGCCUCCUGAACCCGUCAAGAUUGAAACUCCUCCAUCCACGACUGACGAGGGUGACUCCGAAGAGGAGGGAAGUGAAGAAGACGAAGACGAAGAGCCUGCUGGAUAUAAUCUACGAGCUGCUCGUCAGCCACAGGUCGCUUCGGGCAAGAAGAAGGGAAAGGGAAAGGGCAACAUCUAUGGUAUCCCACAAGGAUAUGCUCAAAUGGGGAUGCAACCCCAGAUGGUGUAUCCUGGUGGAAUGCCGGUCGUGUAUGCACAGCAGCAGCCGGUCAUGCAUCAGCCGCUUAUGCAACAACCAGUCAUGCAAUCACCUAUAAUGCAACAACCAGUCAUUCAACAGCAGCAUGUCAUGCAACCCGGAUUCCAUGGACAACAGCAGUAUCUUGUCCCUCAAGGCCAGCAGAUUCUUCCACCGGGAUAUGUCCCAGCUGGUACCCCCGCUAUGACCACUUACCAACUUGCUCAACAGCAAUAUCCUCCGCCACUCGGAACUCCCCUUCCUCCUCCUGGUCGACGAUUGUGA